CCCUGCCUAUCGAUCUGUACCCUGGGCAGGCAGUCGGGCCAGCGGACGGCCAGGCGCCAUGUGGGCUCUGCUGCUCCUAGGGUCCCUGCUGGCAAGCCUGGGCCCAGCACUCUCGACCCCGCCUUGGAAAGCCCCCAAGCAGCACAAGCAAAAAGCCAGCGAGCCCACGGCAGUUCUUACUGUCACCGGGGAGCCCUGCCACUUCCCCUUCCAGUACCACCGGCAGCUGUACUACAAAUGCACCCACAGGGGCCAGCCAGGCCCCCAGCCCUGGUGUGCUACCACUCCGAACUUCGACCGGGACCGGCGAUGGGCAUACUGCAUGGAGCCCAAGAACAUGAAAGACCACUGCAGCAAACACAACCCCUGCCGGAAAGGGGGCACCUGUGUGAGUGUGCCCAGCGGCCCACGCUGCCUCUGCCCAGAACAUCUCACUGGCAAACACUGCCAAAGAGAGAAGUGCUUUGAGCCUCAGCUUCUCCGGUUUUUCCACGAGGACGAGAUAUGGCACAGAGCUGAGCCAGGAGGAGUGGCCAGAUGCCAGUGCAGGGGCCCCGAUGCCCACUGCCGGCGGCUGGCCAGCCAGGCCUGCAGCACCAACCCCUGCCUCAACGGGGGUCGCUGCAUAGCAGCCCAGGGCCAGCGUCUGUGCCACUGCCCGGCAGGCUACACCGGCCCCUUCUGCGACGUGGACACUCAGCAGAGCUGUUACCACGACCGCGACCGCGGGCUCAGCUACCGCGGCAUGGCCGGGACCACGCUCUCAGGCGUUGCCUGUCAGCGGUGGGUCUCCGAGGCUACCUACUGGAACGCGACUGCGGAGCUUGCGCUGUCCUGGGGUUUGGGAGACCACGCCUUCUGCAGGAACCCGGGCAAUGACAGCCGCCCGUGGUGCUUCGUGCUGGGUGGUGACCGGCUGACCUGGGAGUACUGCGACCUGCCCCAGUGCCACACCCCACCCCCACAAGCCUCGGCCCCCCACCCGGGCCCCGCCGCAGUCCCAGACCCCAGCCUCUCUCGGGAUGACCAGGACCGGCCCGGUCAGCUGGGGGCAGCGACUCCGGAAGCGGCUGCGCUGCUGCGCCUGCAGGAGAGCGCCGACGGCAGCUGCGCGCUCCUGUCGCCUUACGUCCAGCCCGUGUGCCUGCCCAGCGAUGCCAACCCCCCCGCCGAAAGUGACGCCGCGCUCUGCGAGGUGGCCGGUUGGGGACACCAGUUUGAGGGGGCUGAGGAGUACGCCAGCUUCCUGCAGGAGGCGCACGUGCCCUUCCUCUCGCUGGAGCGCUGCUCUGCCUCGGACGUGCACGGAGCCGCCAUCCUUCCCGGCAUGCUCUGCGCUGGCUUCCUGGAGGGCGGUACUGACGCGUGCCAGGGUGACUCCGGAGGCCCGCUGGUGUGCGAGGACAAGGCCGCAGAGCACCGGCUCACUCUUCGAGGCAUUAUCAGCUGGGGCUCCGGCUGUGGCGACCGCAACAAGCCUGGCGUCUACACCGACGUGGCCAACUACCUGGCUUGGAUCCGGGAGCACACGGCUGCCUAACCACUCGAGUUCACCCUCUCUCCUGGGCCAUUCCGAGUGGAAGGAUGGCUGGGCAUGAUCUCGGAUAGCAGAGACUGUCCCCCCUCUCCCUGGAGCUGCCAUUGCAUGCCAGGUGUGGUGCCUGAACUCAAUAAAGUGCUUUGAAAAUACA